AUGAUGAUGAUGAUGAUGAUGAUGAUGUGCCGUGUGAUGUGUGUGUUGGCCGUUGUGUUGUGCUGCGCCUGCGGGUAUACCAUGACGGCUGCUGCUACUACUCCUGUUAAGGCUGGACGGCCAAAGGCGGUGAUGGCUUUUAUUGAUUUUGGUUUUCCGUAUUUUCAGGGUUCCUCAAGAGGUAAACAAACUUCUGCGGGACGUGGUAAUGGAGGAACGACAGAUCAUUUAACCAAUGAAGAAGGUAGAGAUAUUUCUGCCGAAAGGGGUGAAUCAGGUGGUGUUGCACAUAGUGAAGGUUUACGUUCAGGUGCUGAUCCUUUAGGGAAUGCGUUAUCACCAGACCCUUCACAGGUGCAGGCAACAUUAUCACAAAGUACAGUCAUCACCGAAUCUGACGGAGAUGAUUCCAUCGCGAGAAACCAACAAGAUCCGUCUGAGAAAGCCAAAGAAGACAGUACUGCUAAUGGUGGUAAACCUUUGCAGCACUCUUUUUCAUCCACAGAAAUCGCUGCGCCUGGUGAUGUUAAUCCGACUACAGCAGGUUCUCCUUCUACAGAAAGUUUACCCUCAUGCAAGGAAGCUACAGGAAGUACGUCAUCAACAGAUGCUUUAGAUUCACAGGUGACAGCAUCCUUAACUUCAGACAGACACUCAGCUGAAGGUGUUGAUUCUAACCAAGAGAAGCCACAACCACAGUCAGAAAAUACAGUACCAAGCUUACAAGAAACCAAUUCCACUACUACGCCAAGCACCGAGAACACUACAUCUGGCGACCAUAAUACUUCCCAGCAACCAUCUUCUGCAAGUGUUGAUGUGACUGCCUCAUCAAACUCACAAGAUCCAAAUCCCACUAUUCCGCCGAGUCCGGAGAACACUAAUACAGAAGCACCAACCACAACUCCAUUUCCAUCUCCUGUACCCAAAGCAGAGAUCAACACCAACAACAUCACUUCCACCCUAAAAAACAAGGCUAAUGCUGACAGCAGUAUCAGUCCUGUGUGGAUGCGCACUGCAGCACCGCUACUGAUUGUGGCUUUAUUGUUCUCCGCUACUGUGUACUGA